CUGAACAACAACAUAGCCGAUAUGAUCAACAAGGAUUGGCUGUUCUUCUCUCAAGUCAAGUAUGCCACUGCCAAGUUGUUUGCUGGUUCCAUUCUUCUGAACACUCGAAAUGGACAAGUCAUCAUCACCAAUACUGUCGAAGUGUAUGGUAAAACCAAGCACAUGGCUUCCCAC